AUGAGAGCCGCAAUUAGUUGUUUCCUUGUGUGGACCACGUACCUGCUGCUGGCCGGCGCGGAGGAAGUGCAGUUUCCCCAGGAGCUGAUCGACAGACUGGCCAACAGCGAAAUCCACAGCAUCAGCGACCUCCAGCGGCUACUGGACAUUGACUCCGUAGGUACGGGAAACGAUGUCAUCGAGGAGCCCAAGCGUCACAAGCAGCAUUUCAUCCAUCAUAAAAACCAUUCCCAUCCCCAUGGUUACUACAACAACGACCUGAAGAGCUCGCAGCUUCACAGUCGACGCAAAAGGAGCCUCGUAGAGGAGGCAGUUCCGGCGGUGUGCAAGACCCGGACAGUUAUCUAUGAAAUCCCCAGGAGCCAGGUGGACCCCACAGCGGCCAACUUCCUGAUAUGGCCGCCCUGUGUGGAGGUGAAGAGGUGCACGGGAUGCUGCAACACCAGCAAUAUGCGCUGCCAUCCGUCACGCAAGCACCACCGCACAGUGAAGGUGGCUAAAGUGGAGUAUGUGAGGAGAAAACCCAAACUGAAGGAGGUCUUUGUCCGGUUAGAAGACCACCUGGAGUGUGUGUGCACGUCACAGCAUCACGUCAUGGAGCACUCAGAAGCAGAAACAGAGGACGUCAGGUGA